UUUAUAUGUUUAAAAAUUAUUUAUAUAAAUUUCAAUCGAAAUAUUUAGUAAUUUGCAACUGAAACAAACAACAACAUAAACAUUUCAUGAUGGACACCAAAAUGCAAAAUAGUAGAAAUCGUUUUCUAAAGUUAUCAUUGAAGAAAAAUCAUGUAAACGGUAUGAAAGCUGCUAGGAAUCUAAAUCAAAGCACAGAUAUUAUCAUUCUUGACGAAUCAUUCGAUAGAUUACAAAUGGAAUUCAAAAAUAAUAUAUCGCCAAAGAAGAUAUAUUCUCCAAUUAUAAUAAACGACUCAUGUGAACUGUUUGAUGAAGAGUUACCUAAAAUAGACCUUAAGACAGAACCAAGUAAGACAGGAAAUAUUUUAAAUUCAACAAAAGAAGAAAUGUCAACACCAUUGAAAGAAUCUAGACCUAGCUUUGACGGUUGGUCACCAACUCAGAACAUUGUAUGCGCUACACCGAAACAAGAAACAAUACCAUCUACACCCAAAGAUAUUGCGAAUGAGUCUUUGGAAGAGUGUUCAAUGAAAAAAAUUCACCAAUCACAAAAGAAAUUACUCGAUGACUUAUACGGUGAUGCCUGGAAAAGUAUUCCAUCGCUUCUCAAAACAUUGAAAAAAGAAAAACACAAUCUCAUACCUAAAAAACUUUUUGACGACGAUGCUGACAACAUAAUAAGUGAAAAAGCAAGUACACGUAAGGAAAUAAAACAAAACAAAUUACUAUAUUUAACAGAGUCUGAGAAAAAGGUUAACAAAGAAUUGAAUAAUACGGAUAAGAAAGGUAAAAAGAAAUUGUACACAGAAGUUGUACCAAAUACACCUGAACCGAAAACAAAGAAGAAAGAAAAAAAUGUUAAUACAUCUCAGAAAAAAUUAAAAAGUUUAUCUGUGACAGAAUUAGUGCAAGUUAUGAAUAAUGAUGUUGAUAAUUUGACAAAGAAAGUUGAAAAUAUAAGUGUAACUAAGAAAGUUGAAAAUAUAAGUGUAACUAAGAAAGUUGAAAAUGCCAGUACACCAUCAGUUGAACUAAUUAAUAGACUUAGUUUUUUUGCAUCGUUAGCAGACAAUGUGCCAUCAUGGAGAUGUCAUCCGGAAGCUAUACAAUAUCAAGACAGUUACAAGUCAUUACGUGAACAACUCACCCGAAGACUGUUCCUUGACUUCAAUAAAGUCAUAUUUGACAAUGUGUUGGACGCAGAUUUACCAAUCAUAUGGGAUACUAAGCUUAGGAGUACUGCGGGUACAACAACAAACAGACUACUGAAGACAGCGCGAGGUGAUCGUAUCCGCACAUCCUGCAUCAAGUUAUCUCUCAAAGUGGUGGACACUCCUCAGCGGCUGCGAGACACAUUGGUACAUGAGCUGUGCCACGCAGCCACCUGGCUCAUUGAUGGAGAACUGAGAGCUGGUCAUGGACCACUCUGGAAGAAAUGGGCGACGCGAGCUUUGAAGCUGUUACCGGAGCUGGGUGAGAUCUCGCGAUGUCACGACAUGGAGAUAUACUUCAAGUAUUGUUAUAAAUGUACCAAAUGUGGAUACAGCAUAAAACGUCACUCGAAAUCAAUUGAUAUAACAAAGAAAUGUUGCGGUUAUUGUCACGGCGCUUUUGAGAUUAUUGUCAAUAAAAAAAACAAAGAUGGCGUAGUCGUUUCAACUCCAGCAAGAAAAACUGGUCCUAAUGGAUUCGCUUUGUAUGUUAAAGAAAAUUAUGGGACUUUAAAAGAUGGAACAAAAUCACAUGCAGAAGUUAUGAAGUUAUUAGGUGAACAAUUCUCAGCUAAGAAAAAGAAAAAUGAAGAUUUUGAUAUAUGACAUUGUAAAUUUGAGAUUAUUGACUUGGCAAUUAUGCAAAUUUAACCCAAAUGGGGGCAGGUACCCUUGAAAGUACCAAAAAAUUGUUAAUUUUUGACACAUUUCACGAUUAGAUGUUAAAAAUGGUAGUUAUAGUACUUG